AAUUCUUCGACGAAACAGACGACAUUUCCCGAGCUCUUCAACCAAUAAACCUUCAAUUCAAUAUUAAAGGAAAAUACAGAACUGGACGAUCUAGUUUUCCUACGAUAAAAAAGAAACAAAAGAAAAUUAGAACCUGUCAGAAUAUGGCCGGAAUUUUAGGUGGUUCCAAUGCGUUCAACUUUCUGAAUUUUGUGGCGGGAGUUGUGACAAUUGUUGUAAAUGUAAACAAUAACAUCAACAACAACAACAACAAUCUUAACAACGUGAAUGUCAACGCUCAAACGGCUAACAACGCCAACGCAAAUGUUAACAACAACGGUGCCAAUGUGGUUGUUGCAAUGCCUGGAAGGAGGAGGAAAAGGAGUUCUGCUAGAAGGAUUAUACUAAACCUCCUUCAAGAAAAACCUGUUUUGAACCUUGGAGAAUUUACAGACAGGAUUUAUAGCGAGAUGCAGGUUUUUGUUGAAAAGAACAAGAGUUGAGAAAAAAAAUAAAGAAAAUAUUGUAUUUUUAUAUUUACAAUAUCAAUAAAAUAUAGAAUAAA